AUGCCAUUUAAGACUCCCUUGGGCGAGCGAGAGGUGAAUGUGACCGCUCCCAUCUUCAAGAGGGUAAGUGAGAUCAUAAAGACGUAAUCUCACAAAAAUACAAAAACAGCACAUUUAAUUUAUCCUUUAGUGCUGUAUGCUCAUUCGAUAAAGUAAUGUACGGUCGUGACAAUCCCAGAUAUUUUUAUAAGUUUUAGGCCUUUUAUAAAAAGUCAGUGAUUUGUCGGAUAAAGAGUAGUAAAUUGAUUUUUUUUUUACAAUUUGUAAACUCUACGUUUUAAAAAAAUUUAUUCUAGCCCUUACAAGAUCGUCGUGUUAUAAUCGGCCAAUCCGUCCGCCUAGAAUGCCAAGUCGAAGGUCAUCCAGAACCUGUCAUAAAAUGGCUGAAAGACGGCCGAAACGUUACAACGUGUCCUGAUUACGAAGUGAGUUAUUACACAAACAAGCAUUAAUUUCAAUUUCUUAGGUAAUUCAAAGUGGCAACAAGCACACAUUGUUGAUUCCGUGCGCUCAAGGAGCGGAUUGUGGCCGAUUUUCACUGCAGGCGAUGAAUACCGGAGGAAUAAAACAAUCAACUUGUAUGCUGAUUGUGGCUCCAGCACCCACCCCGGUUCCCGGAUCUGCUGCCAGCAUGGCGUAGGUUCUAUUUUAUAUAAUCUGUUAUGUGCCUAGGAGUUCACCAGCUCCCCCUAUGACGCCAGUAGGCCCAUCUGCUCCAUUCUUCAUUAAAGAAUUACGCAAUCAACCCUUCAAACCCGGAGGCGUCGCUGUAUUGGAAGCCAGGGUCGUUGGUGUUCCCAUUCCAACAGUUGAGUGGCUGAAAGAUGGAAGCCCCUUGAAUAAUUAUAGGUUUGUUCGAGCCAUUUUAUGGCUUAUGUAAAUUCAGAGUCAUCACCGAGUACGACUCUCAGUCCGGCAUUUGUUUGCUUACAAUUCCACAGUUAUUCCCAGAGGAUCAAGGAGAAUACACUUGCCAAGCAUCAAAUACCAUUGGAAUUACUGUUUGUUCUGCAUAUGUAGGUGAUGUAGUUUUUAAAAUAAAUUAGGCAGUUUUUUUAUUCAAUUAGAGAGGUAAAAAAUGGUGAGAAUCAAACACCAAGAACAAAUCUUUCAGAUCUUGGCCAGAGAUGAGUAUGACAAAUGGUUGUCUAAUGAGCGAGCAUCGUUCACCAGAGAAAAAAAACAACGCAUGAUUGCGCGAAACGAGCAGCAUCAUUCCAAGUUAAGUACAACUACAAGGAAUGUGGAUAGAAGGGGAUUACUGUCUCCCAACUUUUCGGAUACUGAUACAGUAUGAUUCAGAAACAAUGAUCACUCUAUUUAGGCAUGGGGAUUAAGCGAAUCCGAGACCGAACCCGAGCUAGCCACAUUAAAUUUACAUCGGGACACUGGGCCAGGAUUGGCUCCGUUCUUCAGAAGCGAGUUACGGGGCUUGAGGCUGACGGAAGGAACGGAUGCCGUCUUACAGUGCAAUAUUGGAGGAAAUCCAAAACCAAGGGUAUUGGUUAAAUUGUAAUAAAUAGAUGUUUAGAUUACGUGGUAUCACAACGGAAAAUUAUUGGAGGCCUACGGAGAACCUCGCCGGCAAUUCAGCUACAAAGGAUCAAGCGUCACUUUGCGUAUCAACGACGUGAUCCCAUCAGAUGCCGGCCAGUAUUCGUUGGUGGUCGAAAAUCCUUUUGGAAAAGUAAGCACCAGAUAUGUAGUUUUCAAGUCUUUGCAAACAGAAAUGAAUUGUCUUUUUAUUGAUAUGUCCAUGAACUUUGGCCAGAAUUAACUCAAACGUUUAAAAUCCGUGAGAUGAGAGCGUAAUCAAUUUCCGGCCGAAAGUGUUAUUUGGGCGUGCUUUGGGAUCAAACGCUUGAGGCGUUAAAGACUGGAGACGAUGGCGGAAUGCCAUGCACAAUUCAUUUCCGACUUUCUAAUCUCUGUCCUAAGUGAUAAACAGCAAACAAAGGGGAGGAGGGCCGGGAUCAGACCGUUAUUGAGAGCGACCAAUCAGCGGAGGCCUGGGUACGUGUGUCCCGGAAUUCCCAAUUUUGUGUUCCCCGGUUCUAAUCGUUUCGAAAGUUUGGAAUUGGCCAGUAUAUUUCGUGAGGCCAGGUAUGGCCGCGGCAUAAUGCAACCCGGGAUCAAGACCCAAGAGGAGGGGGCUCUGGAAAAAAGACUGGUUACUUUUUUUUCUUUCUCCCUCUUCCCACCCCAGGAGCAAUUGCACCUUUUGUCGCUGAGGAGGGCUGGAAACGUCCGUUUUUUAUCUUUGAUGGUGCAAUGAUGGGUUGGCCUGAAAGGUGGGGGCGAACGCUUCUUUCCUCAGGGGUUGAAGACCUCACUUGAGUCCCGUCCAUCCAUGAAGCUUGAUUAUCAGCUCCUAAGGGUUUUAUUGGCCCGACAUUAACUAAGUCCCGACCGUAUGCCCAUUUUUGACAGUAUACAUACACUGGGAUUUAAGCUUCGGUUUUAAAUUUUAAGCACAUGUGUUUACGGAUUUUUAAUGGUGUGGCCAAAGAACAUCUGAGGCCUAAACCGAACGGCAUUUGCGACAUCUUUGAUCUUUUAUCGCCUUUCCUGAGAGGGGAAAACGGAAAAAAAACAAUGAAGUUAAAUGUAAUCUCUGUCUUUGAAUGGUCCACUAGACUUUUCUGUUGCGUUGGGUACGGAAACGUCCGCGGCAAAAGAUUUUUCUAAGCUCAGUGAGACCUGGAAGAGUGGGUGUGGGGUCGACCGUGCUGAUUUAGAAAAUCUAUUUUAUUUUUUCCAAAUUUUCUUGUUUGCCUUGAGUAGUACUGUAAAUUAGUAAUGUCUGGAUGUCUUGACUUUUUUUGAUGAGAAGGGAUCUUAAAGGUAAACGUUACUACUUUGCAGUACUAUUUAAGAAAAACAAGUAUCAGAGAAAAUAGAUCGGAUUUUUGAAAUCCACGUCACCGGUUACCCUAAACCCCGUCUAGAUCUACUGAAGCAAGAAAAAAAACUUUUGUGGAAAUUUUGGCCCAACGGACCUUUUCGGCACUUGCGAUCUGUUGGUCUACAACAGUAAAUAGAGUUCAGCGCGGUCUAGGUGUUUUUUUACCGAUUAAAUUUCCCGAAUGCGCGUAGUCACCCGAGAAGAGCCAGAGUGUUUUGAAAACUUAUUUCUUGUUUUCAGGUCCAAAGCUCGGUACGGAUCGAAGUUUUUGCUCUACCGUCAGCUCCAUCGGAUUCCGUGAGCCCUUCGACGCCCAGGAAAACUGUUCAAGUCCAGCAGCAAGGACGGGAACAUCCUAAAGUCGUUGAAGUUCCAGCGGUCAUCCCAGCAACUCCCAAGUCUCAGCCAACACUUCGUGUUUCUGAGAAAAGGAAUCAGCCAGCGCGAGUGGAACCAGUUUUAAAAACACAGGCACCCCAGCGACAGCAAUCCCGGAAGCCGGAAUCACCAGCUCCAGUCCCAAAACAACGGCAGCAACGUUUUGUAAAUUGGGGUCGUGGAAUUCCAUCGCCUGCCGCGUUUUAUCAGCGUGAAAGAGAAGCUCAGAUCCAACAACAAGCUCUUUCCCCGCAUUCUACUCGAUUGACUAGUCCUCCAAAGCAGCAGGAGCACCAUUCAACCGCAGAAUCAAUCGAAAGAAAACCAGUUUUUUCUCAUUCAACGCAACCAGUGCAGCAAGGUUACGUUGAACAAACAAAUAGAGGGUACCAAGCUCCCAUCUUCCAGAAGCAACCAGCCAGACAACAGCCCCAGGUUCCAGCUGAGAGAACACAUCAAUAUCAACCACAGCCCAGUCCAGCUCAACAAAAUUACCCCCAAAGGGCAGAGCCGACACGUCAGGAAGAAACUUUUUAUAGGGAGCCUUACCAGUUUCAACAAGUCUCUAAACCAGUUGUUACACCAGUUCAACAACCUAGCUUCGUUGAACUCAAUUAUCAAAAACACGCUGGUCCUUCAUCUCAACCAGCUACUUUCCGAGAUCUAGACUUUCUUUUUUACGAGUCUGAAGAGGGAACUCAGUACGUUCAUCCGUAUUUGAGGAAGCCAGAACAGGUACAGUACGCCCUACAAUCACAGCAAAGACAAGAAGAAGCGAUGGUAUGAUUUUUGAUAUAUAUUUUUUAGUUUAAAAGAGUCUGUGAAGCAACGAUUUUUUGAUGUAGUUUUGUCAAACACAUCAUGUUGAACACGUUUUUACGUUUUAUAACGACAAAAUAACAAAAGAACUCGGGGAAACACGCUGAAAAUUCUUAUACAACCCUUUUGAGACAUUCUGAACACUUUACUAUUAAUUGACAAAAAUUAUGGGAUUACUGUAACAAAUAGUUUUUGAUCAUGCAAAUAGUUAUAAAUAUUCAAAUUUCAUCGUUUUUACACCUUUUUGAAUAGAGUGUUGUAAGAAAAAGUUCGUGUUACAGUAAUCCAAUGAUAAUUUUCUUAAUAAAAGAGGGCUCAGAAUGGUUAACUGUCUACUACGUCGAGGUUGUAAAUAUGUCUCUCUGAUUCUUUUAAACGAGGUUUGCCACUUUUUAAUAUAUCUGAACCAAGAUAUGAAAAUUAACUACCGAAACCGGUCACUCUCCGAAGAGUCAAGAUGUGUUAUUGGGGCGAAAUGACAAGUUGAUUCCGUACAAAAUCCGUUCCAACGGUGGUAAAAACCGCUGAAAUUGGCAUAUUUAUAGUGAGCAAAAAUUCAUAGUUACCGUAAUCCCAUGUUUUUUGUCAAUUAGCAAAGUCUUCAGAAUAUCUCAAAACUAAAGUAUAAGAAUUUUCGGCGAGUUUUUCUCGCGUUCUACACGUCUGUUAUGUUGCGAAAUUGUUAAAUGCUGAACCGUCAUUUAUUUCGUCAUUAUGAAAUAUUUUUGGAAAAAUUGUAAAAACAUGUUUAACAUGAUAUGUUUGACAAAACGACAUCAAAAAAACAUAGGAUGAAAUUAGACUGCAUACCACGAAUUGAAAACUCCUUUAAUUAAAGCUUUUUUCACUUUAAUUUUUGCUACGGUUUUUUCCUUUGCAAAAAAAUAUUUUGUAUAUCUGCAAGACAUCGUAAUCAAUUUUUUCCAAUCGCCGAAAUGAUUACUUAUUUCUAUUUCCAGGCCUCUAGAUUUCGCCAGUCGGGAAACUUGAAGGCGGCCGGUGAGUUGUUUUUUGUUAUUGCCAUAUAAUCUCGUCUUUCUUCGGGAUUUUUAAAGCGUGCAAAGCGAACACUUUCCUGGUGGGAGUAACAGCUGUUGGCGUUCCAAUAGAACCUUAUUUACAAUACAAUAACGUUGCUUCCAGACGUGGGCAAGCCGCACUUUCUUACCAAGUUCCCACCAAACCUUUCCAUUCAUGAAGGAGAAGGUGUUACACUUUACGCAAAGGCCAGCGAUGACGUCACCAAACUCGCCUGGACCAGAGAUGGCGCUGCAGUUAACAAAGGCGACAAAUACCAGUAAGCAAAAACAUCAAUUAUAUAAUAAUGCAUCAAAAUAAAGGAUUGAGACGAAGGCGGCUAAUGAGAGCAUCCUCACGAUCAGCAAGGCCACCUUGGCCGAAGGCGGAUGGUACCAAUGCGAAGCCACUUCACCCGAAGGAACAGCUCAGAUCAAAGGACGAGUUGUUGUAAAAGCCCGAAAGAACAUUGAAGAAGAUCAAAUGGAGCGGGUUACCCUGAGGAAGAUCGACCGUUCCAAACAAUUGUAAGUGAAGGAUCACACAUCAAAUACAAAAGUCUUAAAGGCAAAAUGCACGCCAAACGCAAGAUAUUCCACAAUCAAAAGAAGCUCCAAAAUUCCUGAGCAAGUUGAGUAACUUGACCUUAAAUGAAGGCCAGCAUGCUCUUCUGGACGUCAAGUUCGGCCCCACUGAGGACCCGAACCUUAAAGUUGCUUGGCUGUUGAAUGGAAAGCCCAUUCUUGCGUCGUCGAGGAUAACCACCCUUUCUGAUUUUGGAUAUGCGGUUCUGGAGAUCAACCCUGUCACCGUUUUUGAUCAUGGAGAGUAUACUGUAAUUGUCAUUAACCAGCUUGGAGAAGUUCGUCAAACAGCUAAUGUGGAAGUUGCUGGUAGGAUGACACCAUUAUGUGAUGUUUCAAAUUGCAACCGUUUAUCACUCUAGUUUUUUUAGGUCUUCGAAGUGACUCUGUUAUCAAUUACAUCCAACGUCAAGGAGAUUCGGCCGUUCCUUUGGGCCCAAACAAAACCGUUGAUCGGCCCAAUUUCCAUUCGGACCUUCGUUCUCAAGAGCUUUUUGAAGGACAGCCGUUGCAUCUUGAAACAAAGCUCACUCCCAUUAAUGACCCUAACCUUAAUGUGCAGUUUUAUUUCAACGGAAAUCCCAUCAAUUCCAACGAUCACCAACAGAUCCAAAUCCAGUCAGGAUUCGUUGUUCUUCACAUUGAUAAUGUGAGUGAACAAGAUGGUGGUUACUAUACGGUAACCGCUGCCAAUGAUGCUGGAAUUGCUGAGACAAGUGCAACUGUUGUUGUUGUUCGUAAGUUUUUACUAUUGUGAUCACAGUUAAAACAACCUUUACUCAACACCACGAUGACGCAUAUUUUUAGCUCGGUUAGAAAAUGUCGAUCACACUCAGAUUCUGGACGUUGAAGAUCAGCUUGAACUUCAACAUUCAAUCAAUGGAAAACUCUUGUCUGCUCCUAAAUUUGUGCAGCAAAUUCAGAGUUACGAUUGCGACCGUGAGCUUGGUCGUUCUUACUUUGAGGCCCGCGUUGAACCACCAAAUGAUCCUUCGUUGACUGUGCAAUGGCUUAAAGAUGGAAAUCCAUUGUCCAAUGCCAACAGAAUUCAGGUAAACAAUGGCGCUUAAUUUAUUUUAAAUACAAUCUAUUUUUCUAGACUGUUAACAACUUUGGUUUCUUGUCUUUAACCAUCCAUCCGACCUACCCUGAAGAUGCCGGAACCUAUACAUGCCUUGUCAGAAGUAACCUCGGAGAGGCUGAAUCGUCAGCUGACCUGACAGUGGUCACUCCAGAAGGUCUCCAGCUUCAGUCCCUUCAUGAAGAUGCACUCCAAGCCAUUAAUGAUAUUGAAGGAUUUGAAGUACAUAUUGGCCCUAUUCCAAACGAGAGACCAGAGGAAUUCAACAGUCUUGAAGCUCCCUCAAUGGUCAGAGGUUUGGAAGGCAAAGUUGAAGUACAGGAAAACGAGCCGGUUCACUUCGAAUGCCGUGUCCAACCAGCUGGUGAUGUCAAGAUGCAAGUAGAAUGGUUUAAGGAUGGCCAGCCUUUGGUAGCAGCCCACAGAUUCCGACCAAUGUUUGACUUUGGUUACAUUGCUUUGGAUAUUCUCUACGCUUAUCCAGAGGAUUCGGGUGCCUACACUUGUGUCGCCAGAAACGAAUUAGGCGAGACCCAGGCUAGUGUUCAACUUGAUGUUCUCGGAAAGGAGUCUCUUCUGUUGGAUGCGCAACAUCCUGAAGGCCUAGAGAGAAUUCAAGAACUCGAGCAGCCAAAAGACUUUGGCUUGGCUGAAGUUCCGGACAGAGAAUGUGAAAAUCCGCCUAAAUUUUUGGGUGAUUUGGAAGAUUUUGAGGUUGAUGAACAUACUGAUAUUCUCUUUGAUCUUAAGGUAAGGGUUAGAAUAAUUCAUAAGAACAAUUAAGGUAACUCCUGUUAAUGAUCCCACGAUGGUGGUUGAGUGGUAUCACAACGAUGACCAAUUGUACCAAGCCAACAGGUUCCAUCCACAAUUUGAAUUUGGAUUUGUUUCACUGAGAAUUAAAGGAGUGAUCCCAGAGGAUUCCGGAACAUACACGGUUGUUGCCAAAAACGCCUUGGGCGAAGAUCGCAAACAAUGUACUUUGACCGUGAAAGGUCACGACGCCAUAUUGUCGGAUACUCAACACGAAGAGGCGCUAGGAAAGAUCGAAUAUUUGGAAAAUCUUAACAAGUACGCAAGGGAAGAAGUGGUGGACGCAGAGCCUGAGGUGAGUGUUGAUUAUAAAAGCUUUCGAGAUCUCGGACUUCCUUCGCUCUUUUUUAAACCGCGCGGAUAAAGCGUCUCAGUCCUCAAUGUUUUUGUAAAAAUGUGGGGUCGGAGCUUCAUCCAAUUUCAGAGCGGCCCUCAAUUCGUUCAAGCUUUGCCUGGAGAUGUUGGUGAAGUAGAAGAAGGCGAGCCUUUACACUUGGAAUGCAAAGUUGAACCAGUCGGUGACAAUACCCUUAAGGUCUACUGGUUGCACAAUGGAAAUCCACUUCCUCAUGGUAAGGAUGACAUCAUCUUUAAUAAAAUGCUCUUUAGCUCAUCGAUUCCGGACUUUCCAUGACUUUGGGUUUGUAUCACUAGAUGUGUUGCAUGUUUAUGCCGAAGAUAGUGGCACCUUUACCUGCGUGGCUGAAAACGCGUUAGGCAGGGCUGAAACCAGCGUAAACCUUAACUGCGAACGUAAGAUUUUCAAUUGUCAUCGCUAGAGUACUUCUUCUUCUCCUAAAAAUUCUUUUUUAGCGAAGAACCGAGUCAUCGGAGAGACGCAACAUCCCAGCAGUGUAGCUAGAAUUGAGGAGCUUGAAGCUCCAAAACUGGCCCCAGAAGAAGAACCGGAACCAGAAAAGGAAGGUGCUCAUUUUAUUAGACCUCUUCAAGGCGCCGUUCAGGCGUCUGAAGGCGAGAGUAUUUUCCUUGAAGCUCAGGCAGGCCCUGUGGAUGAUAACACACUGACCGUAAGUGUCAAAGACACAAACAAAAACAUUAUUUUUUUUAGCACGAAUGGCUUUUCAAUGGUCAGCCACUUCAACAGGCCCAUCGUUUUGUUACCAGUCAGGAUUUUGGAUUUAUUGCUCUAAACAUCCUCUACAUUUACCCUGAGGAUUCUGGAACCUAUACUUUAGUGGUCCGCAAUGCCACAGGAGAGGCCACUUCGGAUAUUAACAUUGAAGUUGAAGCAAAAGGAUCAAUGCUAACCGAUACUUUCCAUCCCAGCGCUGUUGACAGGAUAACAGAACUCGAAGCCCCACGACCUGCUCCAGAAGAACAGCCCGAAGCCGAGAAGGAGGCUCCAAAAAUUGUGAAACAACUGGAAGCAAUUCCGUUAUCUCAAGAAGCUACGGCCGUACAUCUAGAUGCUCAGUACACGCCUAUUGAUGACAACAGACUCCAAGUUGAAUGGCUUUUCAACGGGCAACCAUUAAAACAUUCUAAUCGCUAUAGAGUUACCAAUGACUUCGGGUAUGCCGCAUUGGACAUCAACUUCUUGAUUUCUGAAGAUGCCGGUGAAUACACUUUACUUGUUCGUAAUGAUGCUGGAGAAGCCAACACUUCCACUGUGAUCGAGAUUGAAAGUGGUGCCCUUAUCUUGGACGAGACUAACCAUCCGGAAUCUCUUCGCAGAAUCCAAGAAAUCGAAGCUAUAAGACCAGCCGAACCCGAGGAAGACGAGCAACCCCCAGAACCUCCAAAAUUCACCCAAGAGCUUCAGACACCUCAAUCAGAAGAGAUUAUUGAAGGCCAGCCUCUUCACAUGGACUGUACAGUCCUUCCCAUCAACGAUAACAGGCUCAGUAUCGAAUGGUAUUUCAACGGACAGCCUCUCCAAUUCAGCUCCCGAAUCCGCACCAUUCAUGAUUUCGGUUAUGUAGCAUUGGAAUUCCUUCACAUCCACCCAGAAGAUUCUGGUACUUAUACAUGCCGUGCUGUGAACGAAGCUGGAGAAGCGACUACAAAUCUGGAUCUUCAUAUCACAGGAAAAAAGAAUAUUUACUUGGAAACUCAACACGAGGAGUCGUGGAACAAGAUUUACGAGAUGGAAAACAGGGUCAUCGAACGAGAACCUUCUCCGGAAUUGGUAUUCCAGCCUCCAAACUUUACUCAGCAAUUGAACGAUACCGGGGAUUUGACCGAAGGAGACCAUAUUAGAUUGGAGUGCAGACUUCAGCCAGUCAACGACCCUACCUUGAAGGUUACCUGGACAGUUAACGACCAGCCAUUGCCACAAGCCAGUCGAUUUAUUCAUUCCAGGAAUAUGGAUCUCAUUGUACUAGAGAUUCCAGGCGUUGUCGGAGAAGAUUCCGGAUUAUAUUCUUGUCACGCCGAAAGUGCCUUUGGGGAAGCCACCACCUCUACUACUAUUAAGGUCACGCCUACGGAUGCCUUGUUGUUGGACACUCAACACGAAGAAUCCUGGAACAAAAUCCAGGAGAUCGAAAACAGACAGCCCGUGGAGCCAAUUGUUCCCGAACCUGAGAAGGUUGCUCCUUCCUUUGUUGUCAAUUUGCCACAACUUCCAUCCUUCCAAGAAGGAGAUCCUAUCCAUAUUGAAGGCCAAAUUGAGCCCACAGAUGACAAUCAAUUGGUGGUUGAAUGGUUCUUCAAUGGCCAACCUCUAACUAACGGCCAUCGUUACCGUGCAGUCCAUGACUUUGGUUAUGUUUCUCUGGAUAUUUUGUAUGCAUUUGCUCAAGAUUCUGGAACAUAUACUUGUGUGGCUAGGAAUGAGCUUGGAGAAGCCACAUCAGAGACGAUAGUUGACGUCACUCCACAUCAGAUUCUUUAUCUUGACAGUCAGCAUCCAACCAGCUGGCAGAAGAUUCAAGAACUUGAAGCACCAAAAGAACAGCCAGAAGAUUUUGAGCCAGAACCCGCAGAACCACCCAAAUUCAUCGAACCUAUUGAGAAUCUCCAGAGAAUUGAAGGACAACCAGCUCACUUCAAGACGAGAGUUACUCCAAACACUGACCCUAAACUUGUUGUCACCUGGUGGAAGGAUGGACAGCCGCUACAGAACAGCAACAGAUUCCGCCAUACCUAUGACUUCGGCUUGGUUGCUCUCGACCUGGCUCACACAGUCGCCGCUGAUGCAGGAACAUACACAGCGGUGGCUAAGAAUGAGUCUGGAGAAGACCAAAUCAGCGUUGAACUUACCGUUGAAGAAUAUGGAACCAUUCUAUCUGAUCCUCUACAUGAAGCCAGUUGGCGAAGAGUCCAAGAACUGGAGGCUCCGAAGGAGAAACCGGAAGAAGAAGCAGAGCCAGAACAUGGCCCACCUCACUUUGUCACUCAAAUUCAAAGCGUGGGAGAUCUUAUCGAAGGUCAACCCGCCCAUUUCGAGGCUCAAGUUCAGCCAAUCAACGAUCCUAAUCUGAAGAUUCAGUGGUUCCACAACGGAAGACCGCUGCCCGCUAGUAAUAGAUUUGGCAUCAGAAAUGACUUUGGAUUGGUUUCUCUGGAUAUCCAUUAUGUGUUAGGACAGGUAACUGUCAAAUAAAAUAAAAGAAAAAUAUUGAUUUUAGGACAUUGGUGACUACCGUUGUACUGCUACAAAUGCCUACGGACAAGAUUCUACUGAGGCCCAUCUUGAAUGCGAGCGUCGCCCAGGAAUUCUAUCUGACACACAACACGAAGAAUCAUGGAGAAGAAUUCAGGAAAUUGAAGCUCCAAAACCAGAGCAACCAGAGCCCGAGCCCGUGACUUACGCUGCCCCACAGUUUACUCAGCCACUACAGAGUGUAGCUGAUGUUCCUGAAAACUCAAUCGUUGUCUUUGAGGGACGAGUAAUUCCCGUCAACGACCCCAACCUGCAGAUUCAGUGGUUCCGGGAUGAUACUCCGCUUCAACAGAGUAACAGAUACGUCAUGAUUCAAGAUUUCGGCCACGUUGCUCUCAGAAUCCACGGUGUAACGUCGUUCGAUAACGGUGUGUACUCAUGUAAGGCGGUGAACAACGAGGGGGCUACCAUUACCAACGCCUCCUUGACAGUAGCUGGAUCGGAUAACAUCAUCUUUGACACCGCCCAUCCAGCUUCCCUUCAAAAGAUCGAGUAUCUGGAAAGCAUCGACAAGAACCCUCGUCUCGAAUAUCCCGAACAACAAUUCAACAAGCCUAACUGGGUCCAGACAUUUGAGAAUGUGGAGAUUGAAGAUGAAGGAGGAAUCAUUAAAUUGACCGGUUAUGUUGACCCUGCCGAUGAUCCCAACCUUAGAAUCGAAUGGUUCUUGAAUGGAGUUCCUCUUCAAAACUGUAAGUUGAGACUACGCAUAUUGAAAACUUGUUUUAGCAAAUCGUCAUCACAAUGAGAUCAACUUUGGCCAAGUGGUCUUCACCAUUGUUCACGUCUUGCCUCACGACUCUGGAGUCUACACAUGCCGCGCUUUCAAUGAGUUUGGAGAAGCCACGACUAGCGCUACUGUGAAAGUCGGCGAUUACGAAGCUAUUCUUCGUAAUACCCAGCAUCCCGAGUCAUGGGAACGCAUCCAAGAACUUGAAGCGCCCAAGAUCAUUGAGGAGAUCGAGGUCGUCGAGGAGAAGGAAAAGCCCAGAUUCCUGACACAUUUGGAAGACGCUUCUGAUCUUCCUGAAGGCACUCCAAUCCACCUCGAGGCAACCUUCCAACCUGCUCGCGAUAAUGACCUCAAGGUUGAGUGGCAGUUUAACGGCCAACCAUUGGGAGCGUCUCAGCUCAUUAAAACUCGCAGCGAGUUAGGAUGGGCCGCUCUCGAUAUUAGCGCCGUAAAUCCAGAUCAUGAAGGUGUCUACACUCUGAGAAUCGUCAACACUGAAGGCGAGGCAUCCACGUCAGCCACAAUCAAAAUCGCCGGAAUCGGGGAAAUUUUGGGUGACACAACACAUGAAGAGUCAUGGCGUCAAAUCCAAAUCCUUGAAGCUCCAAAGGAGAAAGAACCAACCCCACCGCCAGCUGAGUACGAUGCCCCGACUAUCACUACUCAGAUUGCUGACGUUGAAUGCGAAGAAGGAGAGGCUUCAGGGUUUGAAGCCCUUGUUCAGCCUACCAAUGACCCUAACCUCCAAGUGCAAUGGGUUCGUAAUGGAGAGCCAUUAUCUCACGGCUCGAAGUACGCAAUCUCACAAGAUUUUGGACUGUGUAAAUUAGCAAUAGGAUACACCUUCCCUGAGGACGCUGGAGUUUUCCAAUUGAAGGUCUCUAACAAAAACGGGGAAGCUGUUUCCAGUGCGACAUUAAAAUGCAACGCCAAGGAGGCCAUCUUAGGCAACGUACAGCAUGAAGAGUCAUGGAAAAGGAUUCAAGAAAUUGAGGCACCAAAAGAACCUGAGCCAGAAAAGGAACCGGAACCUAAGGUUCCACCAAAGUUCACAUCUCCCAUCCAGAACGUAGCCGAUCUUCAGGAAGGCCAAUCCGCCCACUUUGAGACCACCGUGGAGCCUAUUAACGAUCCUGAAUUGGAGAUCAAAUGGUUUGUUAACGGCGAACCAUUUGCUGCAUCAUCCCGAGCUAAGUUUAUCAACGACUUUGGUUGGGUAAUUCUGAACAUCAAUUCGACAGAGCUCCGCGACACUGGAGAAUGGGUGUGUGUCGCUACCAACUCGGCCGGAGAAGAUCGUGUUUCGACGACUCUUAAUGUUAGUGGACAUGAAGGUAUUGCAACUGAUCCUAUUCAAGCUCAAUCUCUUGCUCGAAUUCAACAAAUUGAAGCUCCAAAGGAACCCCGGCCAGCAGAAGAGGGACCCACCUUUGAAGCACCAAAUAUCACCGUCCAAUUGUCUGCUCCAAGUGGCUUACAGGAAGGUGACAGCGUGCAUCUGGAAGCUCAUUACACUCCAACGAAUGACCCUCGACUGGUCGUAACGUGGUACAAAGACGGUCAGGUCUUGCCUCAGGCCAAUCGUUAUAAGAUGGUCAACGACUUUGGAUUUGCUAUCUUGGAUAUCCUUUAUGUCUUGGCCCAUGACGCUGGAGAAUAUUCCGUAGUCGUUUCAAAUGAACAAGGAGAAGCUACAACUUCUGCGACAAUCAAUGUCGAAGCCAAGGACGGCCUUCUUCUUGACCCACAGGAUGAGAACAAAGCCCGAGCUGUCCAAGAACUCGAAGAUUUGCGAAACCGAAGACCUGAAGAUACGGAGAUUCCAGCUGAAGAACGCGUACCUGUAUUUGUGCAACCGCUGUCUGCACCAAUUGAAUGCGAAAGUGGAGACCGUGCUCAUUUCACCGCGAAAUAUGAACCCAUCACAGACAACACCUUGGAGGUGCAAUGGUACCUUAACGGCCGUGCUUUGUUGAACAGCUCACGAGUCAAGACUAUUAAUGACUUUGGAUUCGUUGUCCUUGAGAUUUCACCUGUUAUCCCAGAAGAUUCCGGAGAAUACACUUGCAGAGCCAGAAACAAAGCUGGCGAAGCUGUUACCAGCACUACUCUUACCUGCACUCCGAAAGAUGGAAUUGUUAAAGAUACGCAACUGCCAGAUCACAUGAAGGGAGCCCAGAAACGCAUUGAUGAAAUUGAGAACCGCGCACCAGCAAAAGAAGAAGAGCCAGAGAUCGUCUUUGCACCACCCAAAUUUAAGAACCAACUUCAACAACUUCCGCAACUCCGUGAAGGCGCUCUUAUUCAUCUUGACGUUCCAUUAGAGCCAGUAAACGAUCCUAAAUUGAAGGUUGAGUGGUUCCAUAAUGGAGAACCAGUGCGGGACAGCAACCGAAUGAAGACGAUCCAUGAUUUCGGAUUUGUUGUGCUCGAACUCAUUCCAGCCGAACCACAAGACACAGGAAACUGGACUUGCCGUGCAACCAAUGAUUACGGCCAAGACGAAGUUUCCGUUGAUAUUGAGGUGAUUGGAGACAGUGGAAUCCUUUACGACUGGGUCAGUCCUGGAGAGAAACAGGAACGCAUUGAACAACUUGAAGAGUACAUCAACCGUCCUCGAGGAGAAUUGGUUCAACCUGAUGUUGACUACGAAGCUCCUCAUUUCACUGAGACUUUGACUGAUCUUGGAGAAUUCACCGAAACUGAUGCGACUUCCUUCAUGUGUGUUCUAGAACCCAUUGGAGACCCCAGUUUGAGAAUUGAGUGGCAACACAACGGUCACUCUAUCCCUUAUUCUAACCGAAUUCAGAUGACAAACGACUUUGGUGUCUUGACUCUUACCAUCAAACACCUGAUCGCUCAAGAUUCUGGCGAAUACAGUUGCGUUGCGCGGAACGAUAAAGGUGAGGCUGUCACUUCUGGAACGAUUGAAGUUCGCACAAUCAUUGAUGCCGAGGAACCCCAGAUUGUUCAACCAUUGGUAGAAAACAUUGAUGCCAACCAAGGAGAAUCCGUUCAUCUUGAAUCUCGUGUCUUGCCAAUUAAUGACCCCAAGUUGGUGGUCGAAUGGUGGAGAAACGGAGCACCACUUCCAGAUGCCAACCGGUUCAAGACCAACUUCGAAUUCGGUUUUGUCACUUUGGACAUCCUCUACGCUUACCCUGAGGACAACGGAGAUUAUGAACUACGUGUGAUCAAUGACAAAGGACAGGCGUCAUCUGUUGCCCACGUCAACGUGUUGGCCAAGCCAUCUUUGGAAUUUGCUCCACAAGCUCCCGGCUCAACUGCCGAGAACAUUGAACAUCAUAUUAGACAGUUCACUCGUGCUGACAUUGCCUUGUCUGAAGACGAUGCUUACGAUCCAGCUAACCACAAAGCUCCAGAAUUCAAGACACAGUUAUUGAACAUUGGUGUUGAGGAAGGUGACUUCUGUCGCUUUGAAACUCAAAUUGCACCAAUAAACGAUCCCUACCUUAAGGUCGACUGGUAUCGUGAUGGGAAACCAGUUAACAUUGGUAACAGAUUCCGCAACAAUCUUGAAUUCGGAUACGUCUCCCUUGACCUGCUUUACGCUCUCCCUGACGACACCGGAGAGUAUACUUGUGUGGCGACUAACCAGUACGGCCAAGCUGUCGCUACGGCUAAACUUGCUUGUUCGACUGCCAGCCAUGUUAUUACUGACUCACAGUUACCACAAUCCCUCAAGGUUCGUGACAUCAAGAAGCAAAAUGACAACCUCCACUGGUAAGAAAAAAUGGAAUUUACUCAUAGGCUUAUUCAGGGUUGAACAAAAAGGCGUGCAGCCUCGACAGAAGCAGGCUCCACAGUUCACGAUUUCUCCUCGAAAUGUGCAGGUGACGGAGAACCAACCUGCUCGUUUUGAAUGUGCCGUUGUAGGAAAUCCCAAGCCAAAGGUUAUUUGGUAUGUCAAUGGAAUCCAAGCUCUACAAGUAAGUUCAUAAUUCAAGUCUGACAACUUAUUAGGGUCACCGAUAUAAACUUAACUUUGACGGUGUCCAUUACUUGACAAUCUCCCACGCCCGUAUCUCUGAUGCUGGAACUAUCGAAGCCAUCGCUAAGAAUUCAGAAGGCGAGGUAAUUGCAAGUGCCAACCUUGACGUCUUCCAACGCGAUGACUUCCGUCAACAGAAACUUCGUCGGGCUGACCAGAAGACCAACGAAGAAAUUCAGGACCGCGUCAACCAAUGGCAAAAGGAAACCCUUGGCCAGUUGGGAGAUGUCUUUGAACAGAAGCCGAAGGCCAACGUGAACAAACUCGUUAGGGUUGAACGAUCGAAGCAUCCCGUUGAACCUCUCGAGACUGAGGAAUUGGUUCAGAAGUUCACUCGAGCCAAAGAUGAACAGUUCUAUGACAAGUUGUCAUAUGUGGAGCGCGAACGAAAACAAUUUGGCGGUUUGGAAUUGGAGCCAGUCCAACUUAAACCAGGACAGAUUCAAAAGUACCAACCUGAACAAGAGAAGUUGGAAGCCGUUCAGUUGCGUGAAAUUGACAAACCAAAAGAAGAAAGAGACCCUCAAAGAUUUAGAAGUCCUCCACCGGAUUGGGCUGCCGGAGGUGUUAAGCUAGGUGAGCCUGUCGGAAAAGUGAACCAGUUGGAUGAACCUGAACCAGAGAUCAAUAUACCUGCCAGAGACCAAGUUAAACUGAAAGGAGCCAAGCCAAAGCCUGCUGCUGAACUUCCCUCUAAUGAACGGGUUCGUAUUCAAGAAGAGAAGGCCAAGAUCAGGCAGCCUCGACAAGGUCCCGAAAUUGAGAAGGAGAAGGUCAUUCCUCACAAAGACCAAGUGAACAUUCGACAGAAAUACGCCCCUAAGGAGAUUGGACCGACUGAUCACGUUGUUGUUGAAAGCGGACCGUUGAAGGGAACCCCACAAGUUGUUAAGGAGUAAGUCUCUUUUAUAAUUCUUACAAUACAUGUCAUCUAAUUCAGCGAGAUUCCACGUGUUACUGUUGCAAACAAGCCACAGCCAACCAAACAAGUUCAAUCUCAGAAGGCUGCCCCAUCUAUUCAAAACCAGCUCCAGCCAGUCCAAGCCGAGCUCGGCCGCUCUGCUCGGUUCAGUGUCAACUUUGCGGGAGACGCCCCAGUGACUGCAAAAUGGUAUUUGAAUGGGAAGGAACUUAGAUCAGCGUUUGACACUCAAAUCAAAACGACCGAGAACGAGUCUACUCUUGAAUUGAGUAAACUCAAAUAUAAUCAUCAAGGAGAAUAUACUGUCAAGCUCUCGAAUGUUGGAGGUCAGGCCGAAUCGACAGCCAAUCUCACGGUUGCCGAGCCAGCCAAGAAGGGAGCUGCCCCUAACUUCUCACAGAUCAUUUCUGACCAGCGAGCUGCUCAGUAUGCGAGUGUUGUAUUCUCAUGUUCUGUAACAAGUGAUCCAGCCCCAACAAUCUCAUGGUUCAAGGAUGGAAAGCCAUUACCAAACGACUCCCGAUACGAGAAAGUGCAGGAUGGAACAAAUGUCAGCUUGACAUUAAAAAGUGUUGUCGCUCCAGAUGCUGGUGUUUACGAAUGCGUAGCCAAAAAUCCGGCCGGGGAAUCCCGGUGUAAAGCAAGACUUAAUGUCAACCUUUCGAAGACUGGAAAGGAUGCUGAAGCCGGACCCAAGUAUGAAGCACCAAGAUUCUCAACGCCACUCAAACCACUGGUAGUGGCCACCGGACAAGCUGCCGAAUUCAGAUCUCAAUUUACCGGAUUUCCAGGUAACCAAGAAAACUUAGGUUUUUAACAAACAAAACUUUCAGAUCCCAUGGUUAGGUGGUACAGAAACAACGAACCCAUCAAGCCUGGCCGUGCUUUCGAAAUGGGGCACAGCUCUGGAGAGGCAUGGCUGAAGAUCGCCUCAAUCUCAGCAGAACAUGCCGCAGAAUACAAAUGCGAAGCUAGCAACCCCGCUGGUAAAGCCAGCACAGUUGCAAACUUGGUGAUCAAACGUGAGUUUCAUCUGUCAAACGCUAACUUCAUUUUAGCAACCAGCGGAAAAAUCACAAUUGUCCCAGCUGGAGCUACUGGUACUGUAGUGACUGAAGGCUCAGCGGCUAAAUCCAAAUCAUCCAAAUCUGCUAAAGCGCCACAGUUCCUGCAGAAACUUACCUCAAUUAAUGCUCGGCCUGGAGAGAAUGUCAAAUUAGUUGCCGAAUUUGAUGGCGAACCUGCUCCGAAUGUAACAUGGAACUUCAAUGGAAAAGCUUUAACCGCUGCACAUAAGGUAUAUCAUAUGCCAAUUUUUUCAAACUCUUUUGCAGGCGACCCAAGAAGGCAACAAAGCCAUUCUUGAAUUGACUCGUGUGUCCGCCCAAGCUGCUGGAACUUACACUUGUGUUCUCAAGAAUGCCAGUGGUACUGCUCAAUCCGAGGCCAAGCUCAACCUCCAAAGUAGGUAG